CUCGGUUUCCUUCGGCGGUUACGUGUCUGCGUACACACGUUGUGGGAGGAGCAAAGAAGGCAGUGCCAGAGCAGCGCAUCCGUGUGAACGGCUUCGAGUCUGACGCACCGGGGACGACUGAAGUUAGAAAGCUUCCAGAAGAAAGAUGUCCGGAGACGACGAACAGCAAGAGCAGACCAUCGCCGAAGACUUGGUGGUGACCAAGUACAAAAUGGGGGGUGACAUCGCCAACCAGGCCUUGCGUGCAGUGGUGGAGGCAGCCAAAGUGGGCGUGUCUGUGCUGUCUCUCUGCCAGAAAGGCGAUGACCUCAUCAUGGUGGAGACAGGAAAGAUCUUCAAGAAGGAGAAAGAGAUGAAGAAAGGCAUUGCCUUCCCAACCAGCGUCUCGGUGAAUAACUGUGUGUGCCACUUCUCCCCUCUGAAGAGCGACCCGGACUACACACUGAAGGAGGGAGACCUUGUCAAAGUGGAUCUUGGCGUUCAUGUUGACGGCUUCAUCGCGAACGUGGCUCACAGCUUUGUUGUUGGAGCGACUAAGGAGACCCCGGCGAGCGGGAGGAAGGCUGACGUCAUCACGGCUGCUCACCUGUGUGUGGAGGCCGCCCUGCGUCUGGUCAAACCUGGCAACCAGAACACGCAGGUGACUGAGGCCUGGAACAAGAUCGCCCGCUCAUACAAAUGCACAGCCAUCGAAGGAAUGCUGUCCCAUCAGCUGAAACAGCACGUGAUCGAUGGAGAGAAGACCAUCAUUCAGAACCCCUCCGACCAGCAGAGGAAGGACCAUGAGAAGGCGGAGUUUGAGGUGAACGAGGUGUAUGCGGUCGAUGUGCUGAUCAGCACCGGGGAGGGCAAGGCCAGGGACAGCGGCCAGAGGACCACCAUCUACAAGCGGGACCCCAGCAAGCAGUACGGCCUGAAGAUGAAGACUUCCCGCGCCUUCUUCAGUGACGUGGAGAAACGCUUUGACACCAUGCCCUUUACACUCAGAGCGUUUGAGGAUGAAGGCAAGGCCCGUCUAGGUGUGGUGGAGUGCGCCAAACACGAGCUAGUGCAGCCCUUCAACGUCCUGCAGGAGAAGGAAGGGGAGUUUGUGGCCCAGUUCAAGUUCACCGUGCUCCUGAUGGCGAACGGCCCCAUGAGGAUCACGAGCGGACCGUUCCAGAACGAGCUGUACAACUCUGAGCACGACGUCCAGGACCCGGAGCUCAAGGCCCUGCUCCAGAGCUCAGCAAGCCGCAAGACACAGAAAAAGAAGAAAAAGAAGGCCUCCAAGAACGCCGAAAACAUGCCGGGACCCGCAACCGAGGAGACGGAGACCACCGAGUAGACCCGCUCCAGCACUUCACACAAAACCCACACACCGCAGACGUCCCGAAGAAGCAAGAGCGUCCAAGAGACGGGAACAGUGCUCCACCCUGCCACCUCACCAAGCCUGUUCACCCAGAACCCCCUCCCUUACGUUCCCUCUCCCAGCAUCCCCGGCAUUGGACCGGGACAAGGGGUUCGUCCUCAGACCCCUUUGUGUGAUAAAGAUAGUAAGGAAAAAAAAAAAAGUGUACGGUGACUUUUUGUCACCCGAAUAUACUUAAUUGACUGCUCAGUUUGCCUUGUGUACAUGGGAAACAUGACUGUUCAACGGCACUUUGUACCUAGUCCCCGAGCCCCCCCCCCCUCCCAUUUACCAUCGUUUACCAGACAAAAUAUUUAGAGAUAAAUGGUUGUUUUGUCUACUUGUUUGAAUUAUUACACAUCUUUAGUCAUUAGAAACCCCAUAUUUGGGUUUGAUGCAAUUAACUGACCAAAUGACCCUUAAGUUAUUUCGUAUUGUAUGAGGAAACAAACUGACGCACUAUUUAAGUGCUAAAUCGCUGGCACUUAAAGGCAUUUUUAAAAUUGGCUUCAAAUGUGGAUCUUUUGGAUACUGAAAUGUGGUAGUUUUGCAUGGGGUGAAAAGCCACAGAGGGAACUAAACCUCAGAUAUAACUGAAGGUGAAUUCCCCCGUCUUCUGAGUUCCUUCCUUUUGAGGUGAAAACACAGAUAGGGGGCACUCUUCCACCUGAGUAAGUGUCCUCCCAGGUCUCCCGUCGACUCAAAUAAAUCCAGAGAGGAAGAGAAACUUUGUAUUUGAGUCCUGCUUUUGAGUUAGGAGGUUAAACUUUUCUCCCUUCUUGAAAAUGAUCUUGCACUUGCCCUUGCCCUCUGUGCCUGCCAUGACAGUCUGAUAAUUAAUAAUUACUAGUCCCUUUAAUACUGCUUUUUCUGUUUUCUGUUCUUCCUCAAAUUAAAUAAUUCCAUUUUAUAGUGUUCGUUAUUUGACUAUAUACUGUACAUUUCUGCCCUCUAAAACAUACUUGGUGACAAAUACAUUUAAAGUUACCAGAACUCUUUUUUAAAAAAGUGAUACUCCUACAAGUCUCUUGUAUCAGAGUUGUGUUCUGAGCGAUUAAGUUGGUUCUAGGGGGACCAAUGGAAGUUCAAGUUAAAUCUUCCUUGUCGUGAGCUAGUGGGAGGCCAAGAAAUUCUGUUAUCCUUCAAUUCCUGUUGAAUUGGUGAGACCUUCAGUCCAAUUCUAAUUUACAGUUGUAGAAUGUACAAUUCAUAAAACUUCCACGUGACAGAUGUUUACUUCAAAACAUUUUCGAAGUCUCUUCACUGUUGUGCAUCUGAUUAAUUUUUUUUUAAUAUAAACAAGGUAUCUUGAAGUGACAAUGAUUCAACAUUUUGCAGUUUGUCUCUUGGCUUUUACAAGAGAUGGAUUUGCUUUCCCAUCCUCUUCAAUCUACAGUUUGAGAUCUUCACCAUUAAUAUCCCUUAGCAGGGAACUUGACCCCCAAGUAAAGUGGUUAAAGGAAGAAGCGGGAAACUACUGGGUAUCAUGGCUGUGGUCAGAAUGGGUCUGAUUUCUGAUAUCUCCCACGUACUAUCAGGCAAGAGGCUCUUUUUCACCCUCUUGUCCUUUUUCUUGGAAGGGAGGCUGUGGUUUUGGAGUUGUUUUUUUUGUUACACAUUUAUGGUCUCAAAAAAUUUAAAUAAACUUUAUAAUAAUAAACAA